AUGCAGCAAGAUACUCCAUGUAAAUCCCAUGGCAUCCCCAAUAGAUACAAUCUGUUCAGAUUUUCUCAAAGCGAACCAGAGAAAAAGGUUGCUAAAAAAACCAGGUUAAAAGAGAAAAUCAAUAACGUAAUCCUUGAAUACUUGGUGCAAGAGGGCUACCAAUCAGCUGCGUUGAAAUUGGCCGAAGAAGCUUCCAUAUCUAAACCAAAUAGCGAAUUGAGCUCCGGAGAAGGCUAUGAACUUCUAGAACUGGAUUACCCACAAAUUCCUUCGGAUGUAUCAAAGGGCUUGUCAAACCCUGGCCAGUCAUUCACAGCCUUUCAAGGAAAGGGGCCCGAGAUAGGUUACGUCAGAGGAUUUUCGUCCAUUGAAAUAAGAAGACAGCUAAAAUUUUUAAUCUUGAGAGGAGAUAUAUCCCAGGCAAUUAGAGUGAUAAGCGCAUGUUAUCCAACAAUAUUGGAUGCAAACAACUUGCUUCUAUUUAAGCUUCUAAGGCUAAAUUUGGUCGAGAUGAUACGCAGCCACAAAAGCACAUCCGACCGCCCCCUGUCGGAAAAUCAUUUAUCAAUUGACGAGGAUUCUGAAAAAAAGUUUUUGAACGAUAUCUUGACCUUCGUGAGGGAAAACUUGCUAAACAAAGUUACCCAUUCUAUGGAUUUAUUGAGGCAGUUGGAGGUGACCAUGAGCUUACUCUGUUUUGAUUUUGAUCACAAGAAACCUUCUAAUCAAAUAACAGAGUUGCCUGAAGAAUUGCGUAAGUUGCUCGAUUUGUCUCACAGAAACGAGUGCUACCGUGCUGUCAAUAAGGUUAUUCUUGAUCUAGAUAGGACGGUCCAAUCCGAUGUUCUGUAUCGUGGGGUCUCCCUUGAAGCCGUUAGUCUCUCGCUGACCCAAGUCGACGGACUUGCACAAAACUAUGAGGAUGUUGACGACCUGGACUCGAGUGAUAUUGAACUAAAUCCCGGCCUUGAUGUGGUGAGCUCCAUUCAAAGCAUGAUUUCUUCUGUUCCGGAAACGUCUACCCAGGCUGAACCAGUAGUAGCUGCCACGGAUGAAGAUUGCAAAUCGUCUUCUGAAGAAGCAUAUUCGCAUUCUAAGUUAGAAGAAAUAGCCAAGUUGUGGCUUGCUACGGAGCUGAUUCUAUUCCUUGAUAACUUAAUCCCCAAAAAACGCUACUUGCAAGAUAGCACUGGUGGAAACCAACGCCUUUAA